GGGUCCCACAGGGGGAGGGGGUCCCCGUUUCCCCCUCCCCAUCCUCGCCACUACGGCCUCGGUGACGUUGUGGUUUCCUCCUCCCUCCGGCUGAGCCUCGCGCCCGCUGCGUCCCGCCCUCCUCCGGGUUAGCCCACACCCCACCCGCCCGCGCCCUACGGGCUCCAAGUAGCGCCACCCGAGGCUGCAGCGGUGCAUCCCGCUGCGCGGCGCCCACCAGCACCGAUGGCUCCGCGGGCGAGCUGAGGACUUGGCUCCGAGGGCGCCGGGCGCCCUGGAGUUGACGGGCGCCGGGAAGGGGCUCUGGAGCCUGGGCCGAGGCUGGUGGGGCGACGCCCGAGAGGGCGAAGUCGCAGCGGGGAGCGUAUCUUUCAAAGAUGGUUUGGCUGCCUUGGAGAUUUGGAGAUCUGAUGCCACGAUGAGGACUCACACACGGGGGGCUCCCAGUGUGUUUUUCAUAUCUUUAUUCUGCUUUGUGUCAGCCUACGUCAGUGACGAGAACCCAGAAGUCAUGAUUCCCUUCACCAAUGCCAACUAUGACAACCACCCAAUGCUGUACUUUUCCAGGGCGGAGGUGGCGGAGCUCCAGCUCAGGGCCACCAGCUCACAUGCACACAUCGCUGCCCGGCUCACAGAAGCCGUGCAUACCAUGCUGUCCAGCCCCUUGGAGUACCUGCCUCCCUGGGAUCCCAAGGACUACAGCGCCCGCUGGAAUGAAAUUUAUGGCAACAACUUGGGUGCCUUGGCGAUGUUCUGUGUGCUGUAUCCUGAGAACAUUGAAGCCCGAGACAUGGCGAAAGACUACAUGGAGAGGAUGGCAGCUCAGCCUAGUUGGUUGGUGAAAGAUGCUCCCUGGGAUGAAGUCCCGCUCGCUCACUCCCUGGUUGGUUUUGCCACUGCCUAUGACUUCUUGUACAACUACCUGAGCAAGACCCAGCAGGAGAGGUUUCUUGAAGUGAUUGCCAAUGCCUCAGGAUAUAUGUAUGAAACCUCGUACAGGAGAGGAUGGGGAUUUCAAUACCUGCACAAUCAUCAGCCCACCAACUGCAUGGCUUUGCUCACAGGAAGCCUAGUUCUGAUGAACCAAGGGUAUCUUCAGGAAGCCUACUUAUGGACCAAACAAGUUCUGACCAUCAUGGAGAAGUCUCUGGUCUUGCUCCGAGAGGUGACCGACGGCUCGCUCUAUGAAGGGGUCGCAUACGGCAGCUACACCACUAGAUCACUCUUCCAAUAUAUGUUUCUCGUUCAGAGGCACUUUGACAUCAACCACUUUGGCCAUCCGUGGCUUAAGCAACACUUUGCAUUUAUGUAUAGAACCAUCCUGCCAGGGUUUCAAAGAACUGUGGCCAUUGCAGACUCAAAUUACAACUGGUUUUAUGGUCCUGAAAGCCAGUUAGUGUUCCUGGAUAAAUUUGUCAUGCGUAACGGCAGUGGUAACUGGCUGGCUGACCAAAUCAGAAAGAACCGUGUGGUGGAAGGCCCAGGGACACCAUCCAAAGGGCAGCGCUGGUGUACUCUUCACACGGAAUUUCUCUGGUAUGAUGCCAGCUUGAAAUCCGUCCCUCCUCCAGAUUUUGGUACCCCGACACUGCAUUAUUUUGAAGACUGGGGUGUUGUGACUUACGGAAGUGCACUGCCUGUGGAAAUCAAUAGAUCUUUUCUUUCCUUCAAGUCAGGAAAACUUGGGGGACGUGCAAUAUACGACAUUGUCCACAGAAACAAAUACAAAGAUUGGAUCAAAGGAUGGAGGAAUUUUAAUGCAGGGCAUGAGCACCCCGAUCAAAACUCAUUUACUUUUGCUCCCAAUGGUGUGCCUUUCAUUACUGAGGCUCUGUAUGGGCCAAAGUAUACCUUCUUCAACAAUGUCUUGAUGUUUUCCCCAGCUGUGUCAAAGAGCUGCUUUUACCCCUGGGAGGGUCAGGUCACGGAGGACUGUUCAUCAAAAUGGUCUAAAUAUAAGCACGACCUGGCAGCUAGCUGUCAAGGGAGAGUGGUUGCAGCCAUGGAAAAAAAUGGAAUGGUUUUCAUCCAGGGAGAAGGUGUGGGAGCUUAUAACCCCCAGCUCAAUCUGAAGAAUGUUCAGAGGAAUCUAAUCCUCCUACAUCCACAGCUUCUCCUCCUCGUGGAUGAAAUACACCUGGGAGAGGACAGCCCCUUGGAGACAGCAACGAGCUUCUUCCAUAAUGUGGACUUCCCUUUUGAGGAGACAGUGGUAGAUGGGGUCCAUGGGGCUUUCAUCAGGCAGCGAGAUGGUCUUUAUAAAAUGUACUGGAUGGAUGAUACUGGCUACAGUGAAAAAGCAACUUUUGCUUCAGUGACUUACCCUCGGGGCUAUCCCUACAAUGGGACGAACUAUGUGAAUGUCACCAUGCACCUCCGAAGUCCCAUCACCAGGGCAGCUUACCUCUUCAUAGGGCCAUCUGUGGAUGUCCAGAGCUUCAGCAUCCACGGAGACCCUCAGCAACUGGAUGUGUUCAUAGCCACCAGAGAACAUGCCUAUGCUGUUUACCUUUGGACAGGUGAGGCCACAGGGCAGUCUGCCUUUGCACAGGUCAUUGCAGAUAAUCAGAAAAUUCUGUUUGACCGGAGUUCAGCCAUCAGGAGCACCACUGUCCCUGAGGUGAAGGACUAUGCUGCUAUUGUGGAACACAGCCUGCAGCAUUUUAAGCCAGUGUUCCAACUGCUGGAGAAACAGAUCCUGUCCCGGGUGCGGAACACAGCUAGCUUUAGGAAGACUGCUGAGCGGCUGCUGAGGUUUUCAGACAAGAGACAGACUGAGGAAGCCAUCGACAGGAUUUUUGCCAUAUCGCAACAGCAGCAGCAGCAGCAAAGCAAGUCGAAGAAAAACCGAAGGGCAGGCAAACGCUAUAAAUUUGUGGACGCCGUCCCUGAUAUUUUUGCACAGAUUGAAGUCAAUGAAAAGAAGAUCCGACAGAAAGCUCAGAUUUUGGCACAGAAAGAACAGCCCAUAGAUGAAGAUGAAGAAAUGAAAGACCUUUUAGAUUUUGCAGAUGUAACGUAUGAGAAACACAAAAAUAACGGCUUGAUAAAAGGCCGGUUCGGACGGAUGGCAACAACUACUCACAGCAAAGCUCCGUCACUAUCUGCUUCUUACACCAGACUGUUCCUGAUUCUGAACAUUGCUAUUUUCUUCGUCAUGUUGGCAAUGCAACUGACUUAUUUCCAGAGGGCCCAGAGCCUGCAUAGCCAAAGAUGUCUUUAUGCAGUCCUUCUGAUAGACAGCUGUAUUUUAUUGUGGUUGUACUCUUCUUGUUCCCAGUCACAGUGCUAGCACUGACACUGUUGAUUGCUUGACCAUUUGUGCUCAUGAAUCUAUGCAAAAAAAAAUAUCACCCUAGUUUGUUACUGGAUUUUUUUCCCCUCAGAUUCAUUUUAACAAAUUCAGGGCAAGAUAUCUUCACACAAGAAGGCAGGGGCAUGGAGAAAUCAGAAUUGGAACAGGCAAAGAAUUUGCCAGAGGAAUAAAAGUUGCUUGGUUGUCACAAGAUGUUUCUGAAGUGUCUGGCUUGACUAAUCCAUAUAAUACUACUCUUAGAAGCAACAAAAAGUCUGGUUUUAAGUAAUACUUAAGAAACAAAAAAGACUUAGAAUUGGAUUUUAUUAAUAUUAAUUUAAUGCUUUUAGCAAUCCUCAGAUACUAUUUUGUAAGAAGGCCGAAGCAAACAAUUCAGAGAAAUACAUCUUGCUAAGUUGGGUAUGGUGGUGUCAACUUCCUGGGAGAGUAGUUCGUUAGUUAAG